UUCCCCCUUCUCACAACUACAAAAAAAAACACUCCCCUGUUUAUCCCCUGCUUUCUCUCUGUUUUGAACUUCUCUCAAUUUUACUCCUCCGAUACCAAAAGCCGAAACUCACACCACCGCCAACAGGAAAAACCCAACAGCGACAACAUCCCAUUGGAUCUCUCUACCUCUCUUUUCCCCGCGCUCGCUCUCUUAUCAGUAUUCAUUUUCAUGAGACUUAGAGAUGGAGUGCUCAAGAUUUGAUAUGUUUGGCAUCGGAUUCUGUUUUUACUUCAAUCAGAUUAGCCAUUAAAUUCCAUACAAGAUUCUCGAAUCUUUUUGACUAAAUCUGGAUCUUGCAUAUAAUAGAAUCUUUCAAGAGAGAGCGAGCGAGCGGGUAGCUACCAAUGGAUUCAGCUAAGAAUAACACUGGAAAAUCCAAGAAGGGUGUUGUUGAUGAAACUCAAAGGCUGGCAAUGGACCAAGAUUGGCAGCUUGAUAGAGGCAGAAAAGAAGCUGAUAUUAGCUUUGAGAGGCGGCACUGGAAGCCGGUUUUUGGUGAAGCUUCCUUGUCAGACAGGCCUUCCAAAAAAAUCCGUAGCCCUGAACGUCAAGAACAAACUCAAUCCUCUGCAUAUUUAGCUCAUCAAUUGCCACCUUCUUUCUCUGUUUCUUCUAGCUCUGCCUCUACUCUGUCUUUAUAUCCGCCUUCUUUGUCGUCUUCGCCUGUGUCAUCUUCAAGUUCAAGACUUCAGUUUCCUUUUGCCUUUGAAGGGUCUAAUCAACCUGUUCAAUUCCACCAACAAGUUGGAACAAACCCUUCAUCAACUAUCUUUCGUCCACCAUCUCAAGUUGCACAGAAUCAGCAGCAAAUGAUUUCUUUUGGUCAAAACCAGCAAUAUGGCAUUGCAUAUCCUCCGUUUUUUGCUGGGGAAUCUGCAUUGGCUAACCAGCAGCAGCAGCAACAGCAGCUGUUUCAGUACUGGAAUGACGCAUUGAACUUAAGUCCGAGAGGAAGGAUGAUGAUGAUGAACAGGCUGGGGCCAAAUGGGAGGCCAUUGUUUAGGCCACCGAUUCAGCCUAUAAAUACAACAAAGCUUUAUAGGGGAGUGAGGCAAAGGCAUUGGGGAAAAUGGGUUGCCGAGAUUCGUCUCCCUCGAAAUAGGACUCGCCUUUGGCUAGGCACAUUUGACAAUGCAGAAGAUGCUGCCUUAGCUUAUGAUCGCGAGGCCUUCAAGUUGAGAGGAGAGAAUGCUAAGCUGAAUUUCCCUGAACUUUUCCUCAACAAAGAAAAAGAAACUUCCACAGCUCCAAGUUCAUCAGUUUCUUCUCCACCGACCCCCAAUCAAAGUUCAAUGCCAAAACAAGCCCAGGAAGGCAUUAACUUGCAGGUGGAAACCAUGCCGCCGCCGCCGCCACCAGAACAGCCCCAAGGAGACCAUCCUGAUGAUGAUUCCGGGUUGGGUUCAAGUGGGGCUACGGUGAGUGAUGAGGUUCAGGCAGUGGGAUCCAGUGCAGGGGAAGGCACUUCGGGGUCUCAGGAACUGAUGUGGGGAGACAUGGCAGAAGCUUGGUAUAAUGCUAUUCAAGCAGGUUGGGGUCCAGGGAGUCCUGUGUGGGACGAUUUGGACACCACUAACAAUUUUUUAUUACAAUCACACCUUCCUUUUGUUACUCCAAAUCAACAGCAGUUUACUGAUUCUUCUGAUCUCCAGAGACAACAAGACAACAUGGGCUCAGCUUCUUCUUCUUCUUCCUCUUCCUUCCCCACGAAGCCAUUCUUUUGGAAGGAUCAAGAUUGAUUGACAUAGUUACCCACAAGUCUAGUUUUCUUCUGGUAUAGCGUAGCAGCCGAUAUCUCUUACUUUUUCUCUCUCAAUUUUAGUCUUUUGUAGGAGGUUUUUGGACCAGCCCUUGGAUUUUUUUCACAGGUUGCAGAUUUUUUAGCAAACCAAUUUGUGACCUGAUGUGCAUAGGAAAAUUCGAUCUCUAGGCCCACUUUAUUUUCCUCACUGGUUGCAGAUUUUUCACAAACAACCUGUGAUUCCCUCGGAGCUGAGCUUCCUUAUCAGGAUUCCAGAAGCUUCAAACCCCUUCAUUUUUUUUUCUUUUCCUUCUUUCCAAACCUCCUUCACAUAUUUUCUUGAUCCUUUCAAUCCUUUUCCAUUGCAUCUAUUGCACAAAGGCUGCAUAUUUCAGGCCUUUAUGCAAUGAGAAUUUAGCUUUAUAGCUCUUGCAUUCUCUUUCCAGAUGAUAUUAUCUAUCAAGUCUCUAGGUAGUCUCAUUCUGUAUUCCCAGUCGUGUUUUUUUUUCCUUAGAUGUUCAUGUCAUGUUGGAGACAGUCAACUCCUAAGAUCAGGACCAGCAUAGAAGGAGACAGUUUGGUGAUCUCCCUCUUCAUUGGUCUAUCCAUCUCAAGCUUAGUUUUUCUGCUUGGAGAAUGGAAUCAGACAUUUGUAAUUUUAUAGAUUUUGGAGUAUUUUAUGAUCUUAAUUAACAUUGUAAUGAUAUGUCUCCUCUUUUAUGAACAGUAGUUGUAAUGAUACAUAGUAUGCAAUUUGCAGUACCACAUCUUUCUUUUUCAUCA